CAUUCAGCUGUCGACGAGUCUGACACGCCUACAAUCAAAACCCGACACACAUUUCUUUAAUCAGUCAAUCAUACCUUCCACAUAUUCAAUUCCUGCGCUCAAUCAUCCUUCAAUUUGCACCAUAUAAGUUCAACCGAGUCGGUCAACGCUUCACAUGAACCCUAGCGAGUCAUGUUGGAGCUCAAUUUAGGGUUCCGGUUAGUAAUCUUUGUGUUCUUGAGCUCAAUUGGCUUCUGUUCGUUAGUUCAAUCUAGAUGCAACACAGGUUGCGAUUUAGCACUUGGUUCCUACUACGUUGAAUCAGGAAACGAUCUAACUUCAAUUGCCCAAUAUACGAUCAAAGAUAUCGCCACUAUUGUCAGGUAUAAUCGUGAUACUAUCCGUAGUCAGGAUAGUCUUCCGUCCUUUAUCAGGAUAAACAUUCCCUUCUCUUGCGACUGUAUCAAUGGGGAGUUCUUAGGCCAUGUGUUCAACUACGACGUUAGGUCUCAGGAUACGUAUGCCGUGAUCGCGGAACAGAGAUAUGCUAAUUUGACGACUGCGGACUGGAUUGGGAGGUUUAACAAUUACGAUCCAAACCGUAUACCUGAUACUGGUAGUAUAAACGUGACGGUAAAUUGUUCGUGUGGGGAUGAUUCAGUUUCAAGUGAUUAUGGUUUGUUUGUUACGUAUCCUCUUCGGCAAGGGGAGACCUUGAAUUCGGUUUCGUCGGCGGCGAAUCUCAGCUCCGACUUAAUUCGGAGGUAUAAUCCCGAUGCCAAUUUUAGUGCAGGAAGGGGUUUGGUAUAUAUUCCGGGACGAGAUGUAAAUGGAAAUUAUCCAUCCUUGAGAACCAGGUCAGGAUUAUCAGGUGGAGCCAUAGGUGGAAUAGCUGUAGGAGUAGUAGCCGGGGUGCUGUUAGUUGCAGGAUGCUUGUAUUGUGGAUUUUACAGAAAGAAGCAUUCAGAAAAGAGUUUGUCGUUGUUAAAGAACGCACAGGUUCAACUUAUGCAGUCUGCUCAAACCCCGAAUGGUACUUCAGUUGGAGGUUCAGAUUCUAGAGGUCUUCCUGCUGGUGCCUCUCCUGGCCUUACGGGUAUAACAGUUGACAAAUCUGUGGAGUUCUCAUAUGAAGAGCUUGCAAAAGCUACAGAUGAUUUCAGCCUUGCUAACAAGAUUGGGCAAGGUGGUUUUGGGGCUGUUUUCUAUGCAGAGCUCAGAGGCGAGAAAGCUGCUAUCAAGAAGAUGGAUAUGCAAGCAUCAAGAGAAUUUCUAGCCGAACUGAAGGUUCUAACGCAUGUUCAUCACCUGAACCUGGUGCGUUUGAUAGGAUAUUGUGUCGAGGGUUCCCUUUUCUUGGUCUAUGAGUACAUUGAAAAUGGAAACUUGAGUCAACAUUUACAUGGAUCAGGAAGGGACCCACUACCAUGGUCUACCCGAGUGCAGAUUGCUCUUGAUUCAGCACGGGGUCUUGAGUAUAUCCAUGAACACACUGUCCCUGUUUAUAUACAUCGUGAUAUUAAAUCAGCAAAUAUACUGAUUGAUAAGAACUUCCAUGGAAAGGUUGCAGAUUUCGGUUUAACAAAGCUGACUGAAGUUGGAAGUACAUCGUUGCCCACACGUCUUGUGGGUACAUUCGGAUAUAUGCCACCAGAGUAUGCUCAAUAUGGGGAUGUUUCUCCAAAAGUAGAUGUCUAUGCAUUUGGGGUUGUACUUUAUGAACUUAUUUCAGCCAAGGAAGCCAUAGUGAAAGCAAAUGGCGAUGUUGCUGAAUCGAAGGGCCUAGUUGCGUUGUUUGAAGAAGUUCUUAGUCAGCCAGAUCAGAAAGACGACAUGGUCAAAAUGAUUGAUCCUAGGCUCGGGGAUAACUACCCUCUGGAUUCCGUUCGUAAGAUGGCUCAACUUGCGAAAGCUUGCACACAUGAGAAUCCCCAAUUACGACCAAGCAUGAGAUCCAUCGUGGUUGCGCUAAUGACCCUCUCGUCGACAACGGAAGACUGGGAUGUUGGCUCCUUUUAUGAAAACCAGACUCUUGUCAACCUCAUGUCCGGUAGAUAGUGUCACCAAAAUUGCCAUCACUUCCCUCACUAUAUAUAUAUA